UUAAGAACCCUCCAUAUUCGACGGACAAGGUUACCUUCAGAUCUCCAGCGACAUCACAACUUCUUGACGACCCCAGAGAAUGCAUAGACUCGUUACAACCGCAGACGGGCCGCUCGUUAACUUUUCCCCUCCCGCCUCCUUGCCAACAUACUACUCGCUCCACUGGUUCCCUUGACAUUGAGCACAUUCUCGAAAUGGCCACAAUCCACUCUCAAGCCCGCAGUAGCUUUGAUGCGCUAUCGACAAUCAGUACUAUCAGGCCUCCCCAUCGUUUCCGCCCCGAUGUCCCGCCCUUCUUACACAGACGUGAUCCUUCCGAUGUCCCUCUACCGGCCGAUGGUUGUUCAAUCCAACUCUCUCCUAGUGUUCCUGCAUAUCCUUCACUAGGGAUGUCAGCGCUCCGCUCUCGCGCUUCUGUCGCGUCACUGGCUUCAGCAGCAUCAUGUGCCAGCAUUACAUCACAGUCAUGCAUGCUAUCUCAUGAUAUGAAUGAAAAGAACGUCGGAUUUCUCGCACAAGCUCGGCGCAGUUCUUCAUUACUUGCCGCGCAGGUUCUGGCCAUGGCGGGUGCCAACAACUCUUCGGAUAGAUCUACCGUGAAAACUGUGGAAGACUCUUCAGUAGCUUACGAAAGAUCUCUUGAUAGUCCUGGUCGGCAAACCAAGCGCCAAGUUCCUACUGGCGCUAAGUUUUAACGCGUAAAGUCCUGUGAAAUCCUUGCGAUACCUCAAAGUAACAAUUCUCCAUUCGUUCCCCACACUAAAGGAUGCUGUCUCGAAAUGUAUUCUUAGAACCCUUCUAU